AUUUGACCACCGAUGGCGUCUUAAACAAACAUGUGAAAGAAUCUUUUAGAAAGAUUGUGAGGACAAAAUCAGAUCUAUUAUUUCAUCAAUUGAUAAUAACUAUUUCUGGAAAAUUAACUUGUCUGAGACAAGUUGUCUCAUGUUGCAUCAUUAUUCAACUUGUUAUCGCCCGUCUUAUUAUAGGGUUUCAAUCAUUUUCUUCAUUCAAAGAGACUCACUUGCCAGUAAUUUUUGAAAAGACCAUAACUUUAAGUAAUUCAUUGAUUUCGAUAGUUCAAUUAGGAUUAACCAGUUCAUUUGUUUCAACAGAUAACAUAAGUAGUUAACAGUGGUUUGUAUAAUUAAAUCAACUGGAUGGAAACGAAUCAAGGAUAACAUCAACAGCAACAACAACUCAACAACUUAAACAAUAUUGUCUAUGGAAAUGAAAACAGCCAUGAUUUUUUGAAUCAUUUGGUGGCUAAAAGUAGAACCAAAUUCAAAACAAUAAUAUCAAGAAAUAAUAUUUUAAGAUUAAGACCAAACCAACCAAACCGGUGUAAUUAGCUCAAGAAAGGCUUUCAACUUGGACCUUAAGCAUUGUUUGUUUUGCAGAUUCAGACCAAACCGGUGUAAUUAGCUCAAGAAAGGCUUUCAACUUGGACCUUAAGCAUUGUUUGUUUUGCAGAUUCAGACCAAACCGGUGUAAUUAGCUCAAGAAAGGCUUUCAACUUGGACCUUAAGCAUUGUUUGUUUUGCAGAUUCAGACCAAACCUAUUGCUCCCAUUUUAUCAUUGCUUGUGGUGUGCGUGUCACAGAAAUCUCUGUAUAAAUAGAGAAGAAAAACUCAGUUGGUUAUCAGUCUCUCUGUUCAGUUGUCUCUAUCUCUCGUCAAACUCACCAUGCUGGUUUUAUCCAAAAUUGGAGGUGGACUCAAACGAGUCAAUCAUGCUGCUGUUGCUGUAGAUGGUCACAUCUAUUGUUUCGGUGGAUAUUUAGGUACCGAGGAUUAUAGCGACGAGCGACCCAUCGAUGUUUAUGCUCUUAAUAUGACCACUUUAAGAUGGGAAGAAAUCGAGUACUCUGAUGGAGGAGAUCCUGCAAAUGUUCCGUUUAUUAGAUAUGGUCAUUCUGUAGUUGCACAAGAUAAUAUUAUUUAUCUGUGGGGUGGUCGCAGAAAGGAUAUUACCUGCAACAAACUUUUUAUGUUUGAUACAGACAAGCGCUCGUGGUUAGCCACUGAAGUGAAAGGGUCGAUUCCAGGUGUUCGAGAUGGUCACACUGCUUGCAUACAUGAUGGAUUCAUGUACAUCUUUGGAGGAUUUGAGGAAGGGAGACAAGAAUUCUCUGAUGCAGUUUUCCGCUUCGAGUUGGAUUCUUGUACUUGGACUGCUCUUCCAGAGCUUACUUCAAACUUACUCAAAAAAGAUUAUCCGUCAUGUGUGGUAAUAAACAAUCGAAUUUAUUUUUUUGGUGGCCGCUCAUACUCGUGCCCGUUUUAUGACAGUAAUAUCUUGGAACUAGACCUCACGAUGAUGACUUUGUCGACUGUAGAUGUAGUUGGAUUCAAGCCACUUGGCAGAAGGAGCCAUUCAGCUGUAGUGGUUAACAACAAGAUGAUAAUAUUCGGUGGUUACAAUGAUAUUACCGAUGAGCAUUUUAAUGAUUUUGCUGUCUUCGAUCCCAAGACUUACGAAUGGGAAUCGGUAAUAGUUCGCGGUGGGUCACCAACUCCCCGGCGCAAACAUUGCUGUGUCGCUGUAAAUUCAUACCUCUACAUUUUCGGAGGAAGUUGCCCAGUUCCACAAGCCCCUGAUGCUGAAGCACAUAGUUUAAUGGAGCUGGAUGAUCUAUACGUUAUUGAUACAAGCCAAAGCUUGCGCUCUAUGUCAUUACAAGUGAUAUUGGACCAAGAUUUAGACACUAACAAUCUAACUACUGCUCUUCAACGGGAGAUUGAAAGCUACCGUACCGAGAACGAUCUCAACUGUACUCAGCUCAAUAAGUUGAGUUUAAAAUCAGACGAAUCGUCAACUUAGCUUUGUAGUUGAACUGCAUGUCAUUUGUAAUCAUUAAUUCAUCAAAAAUAAAGACGAAUAUUUAUAUUCAA